AUGCAAUAUUAUAAAGCAACCUAUUUUAUUUUAUUUCUUCUAGUAAAUGGAGAAGUAUUUGAUUUAGAAGAUGGCACAACAAGUCUUUAUGCAAUUAAAUACUUUAUGCUAAUGAAGGAUGGUCCGAUUGGGCGACAAGCAUCUCGAAUUAAUCAGACCUCGUACAAUGAAUAUUACCAAAAGGUUUCGAGAAAUGAAGCCAGCAAUGCUUUAAGAGAACAUAUUGCUUUUGCUUCAGCAUCAGGAGAUUCGUGUAAAUUCAAUGAAAUUACCAUACCGAAUUGCUUGCAUUUCGAAAUUCCACCGAACACCAAAAUCUCCACUGCAUCGCUAAUUAUCGUCUUUAUCGAAGAGCUUGUCGAUGAAUAUCUACUGAUAAGGCUAAUCGACCCAUUUAAAAGAUUUGAUUUUAUAGUGGAACCAGAAGGAUUUUUAGCGAAUUAUUGUGUAGGUGAAUGUAUUCAUUUCGAAGGCGACAAUCCUGAAUACAAGUCGCUUAGCGAUAGAUUUACGAUGAAACUAUGUUGCGUGCCGGUUAAAUAUGAAUCUAUCGAUGUUCUAUAUAUGCUUGCAAGUAAAGAACUAAAAAGAAAACAAAUACCAAAUCUAAGGGUUGCUGAAUGUGGCUGCUUGCCCCUAUCGUCUGCAUUUUCGGCCUCAAAUUUGACAACAAUAAUUUGA